GGCGGCGGGCGCUAUGACACGGCUUUCUACCUGUGCUGCCUGGAGAAGCGGCCGCCCCACACCUCGCAGGACGACCAAGAGGUGACAGCCUUCCUGUGGUCAUCACCUCCAGAAGCCAUAGAACGCUUUAAAUCUCAAGAAAUAUGGUUUGCUCCACCUCAGUUCUAUGAAUUGUGUAGGCUGUGCAACUUCUCUUCACUCCAUGAGUUACACAAGUUCAGCUCUGAUCGAGCUCUAGAGGGAUGUGAACGUUGGAUGCCUGUGAUGUUAACUGCUUCAGAUGGCUACAUUCAGCUAUUGCCAGGAGAUGAGUUAUAUCCAGAAGAUCCAGAUUAUACAGGAGAAAAGAAAAUAAUCAUGUCAACAGAUAAGAAGGUUGAAGAUCUCAUUAAAGAGGGUAGUGAAUUUCACAGGAUAGUAAUAAAAAACAUGAACAAUCUUGCUGUCUAUGUUAAUAUUCAAGCAAAAUAUAAACAUAGGAAUCCAUUGACGAUAAACUCUGAUUGUUCAGAUUACAGUAGCAGAUUAUAGUAUCUGUUUGGUUUAAAGCUAGAAUAUUUUUAAUUACAUACAUAUUCACUGUGGUUUUGGUCCUUUCUAACUGUUGCCAAAUAGUCAGGAAAAUAUUCCUUUGUCCUGCCAAAGCACUUUGUGUGCGUGUGGUUUGAGAUUUAGGUGUACCUAAUUUUUGAGUCUUUGAAACAGCACAGUUGUGCCAGUUACAAUGUUUAGAGGCUACUGAAAACAU